CGCUAUCAUCGACGACCUUGAUCAAAACCAAUCUUGGCAGAAUUUAUUGAACUGAAUACAAGUAUUGACAGGAGUACCGCAUCCGUAAAUUUCUUAGUGCGUAGAUGACUGAAGCCUUACGUGCAGAUACUGCAUCCAACCGCGACGUCUUCGUAUCCUCACUCAUCCACAAUGAAGAGCCCUUAUCGGACUCCGAUAAAAUAUGGAUUAAACAGGACAUCACCAUCUUUGAACGCGAUAUCUCACUGAUCAACGACAAAAUCGCUUCACUGAUCAGUCAAAGAGAUAUAUUGCGGCAACGUCUAGCCAGAUACAAAUCUGUUCUUUCACCUAUCCGCCGCCUUCCGCGAGACAUCAUGAUAGACAUUUUCUCUCAGACCAUUCAUCCAUCAGCGAGCAGUCUAGAUGUUCGUCAGGGUCUCUGGCCGUUGUGCCACGUCUCGUCAUCUUGGCGCGAAAUCCUAUUGAGCACUCCCUACUUGUGGUCUACCGUCAUUUUGGCUCCCCCGUACAUGUCUCGGCACUCGAAGGCCAUCCUCGCAGAACACCUCCUUCGUUCCCAGAGCCACCCUCUGAGGGUGACAAUCAUACAGGAGAAGAACCCGACUAACAUAGGCAUUAAGCUCUGUGAUAUGAUACUUGGGGAAUCCAACCGCUGGCUUUCGGCAAACCUGAAUUUGGAAUUUGCCUAUCUUCCGUGCCUUGAUUCUCUAUACGGACACUUGCCGUUAUUGGAGGAUAUGCACCUUACGGUCUUUCAUGAUAAUACAGAGACACAGUAUACCGGCCGUGAUGCACUCUCUAUUACACCUUCUCUCCGCUGGGCAUGUCUACCGUUUACGAUUCAUCUCACACCGGAGAAUGGAAGCCGCCUCACUCAUUUGUGCUGCACCAUCGGAAAUCUUGAAGACAUCCAGUACAUCUUUCGAGCACCCUCUCUACUCGAAUGCAAAUUAAUACGUGAUAAUACCACCAAAGCUUAUGACGGCCCCCUCAUCCAUAACAAUACCAUCCAAGCCUUGUGGGUGGACAGCAUAGACAUCUUAAACAUCCUCACCCUUCCAGCACUGACGAAACUGAUCAUCCGAUUCGUAACCGAUAACGAGGCAUUUCCACCCCUAAUCGACUUCCUCAGCAGAUCAUCAUGUACCCUCCUAGAACUCGGCGUAGAACCCAAACUGGGGAAACACAUCUCCCGUCUCGCCGCACAUACCCAGAGUGUUCGCCGAUAUACCGUCUAUCUCUACGACGAUUUUAUCAGCAGGGACGCUCUCAUCGCGUUAGGACAGCUUGAUCAGGCAGACGUCCUUCCCUCGCUAGAUCAACUCAACAUCCACUUCCACCGCUUCUUUGUACGUUUCUGGAGCUCAGUCCAUACAAGGGUUAUCCGUGAAAUUGCUCAUCAGCGCUUCCUGAACACGACGGCUAACCAACGGCCGCGCACGCCUAUCAUAUUUCGUUGCAGUCAUGAAAUGGUGGACCUAGUCGAAAGUCUGCAUACUUGGGGUCUUUCUGAACUUCAAAAUACAGGAGUAAUGGAAGUAGAACCCGCAUCGAAGGUACCCUACUGGAUGAAGCCGCAUUGGAUGGACGAUAACAAUGAAUAGCAGUCCCGUGGUGGCGUCAAGGAA